AUGCCAAAGGAGAUAUGGGACAAUGUGCUGCAGAUUGGAAGAGCAUUCAAGCCGAAUCAGCCCACAGACUGUCCCAUUCAGACAUCGCCACCGACGACCAUUGAUGUGUAUGCCAAUAUAUUACCAAAGAACCCACCUUCACAGCAAUUCAUGAGACAGCAGCAGCAGCAGCAGCAAAUGCCAAUGGCACAUCAGAUCAAUCCCUACAAUAAUGCAGGCAUGUUUCACCCCGGGAUGAUGUAUGGCAACAUGAUGCCACCGAAUGGAGCAAAUCCAAUGAUGUUCAAUCAGCCCAAUUACAUGAACGUCAUGGCCGCAGCUCAGUCCAUUGUCAAUGCAGCAACAGCUUACAAUAAUAUGUUUCUGCCAAACUUCAAUCCACACCAACAUCCCAUCAUGUCGCCACAGCCACAGCAACUGAUGUCACCUCAACCGCAACAUAUGUUAUCGCCACAGCAUCAACAUGCUCAACUGGUACAUCAACAACAACAACAACAACAACAACAACAACAGCAGCAGCAGCAGCAGCAACAACCACCCAAUACGCAAAUCAAGCGAAAGCCUGUUCAAUUGCAUCCACCCACUUCCUACCUCAGCCCUCAAAUCGAACAAAGAUUACUUCGGAAAAAGUCGCUGCCAUACCAACAGCAACAACAGCAACAACCGCAGCAGCAGCAGCAGCAGCAGCAACAGCAGCAGCAUUAUAUGAAUGUACCAGAUCCAUAUCAACAGCCGCAAUUUGAUCCAGCAAAGCCCAAAAAACGAGUGCGGUUUGCACCAAACCACACAGUGUAUAUGUAUGAACGGUUUGAAGGCGAAGACGAAGCGCAAGGGACAGCAGGAGGAGAUGGAGAAGAUGAGCACGAUCAGGAAUACCAACACGAUGGGGAUUAUCAUCAUGAAAGUGAAUCGCACUAUUACCAAGACUAUGAUGAUAACGAUAUCAGCGACAAUGAUCCCUAUUAUACCCAACAACAACAACCAUCUUUUAAUAACAAUAACCCAUAUCAAUCCAACAGAUUACCGCAGCAACAACAACAACAACAACCUUAUAGAAACAAUGACCAUCGCUAUUAUUAUUACCAUCCAAAUGAACCGACAGACGCAUUUGAUGACGAGGAGGUGAAGGAAGAGGAUCUUGGUGAUUUGUGGAAAAGGCGUAGCUUUAUACAGAGACACAAUUCAAAGUAUAGAUCGAGGGCGUGA